AUGCAGGCUAUCAAGUGUGUGGUAGUCGGGGACGGUGCAGUCGGAAAGACAUGUCUUUUGAUUUCAUACACCACAAAUGCCUUCCCUGGUGAAUAUGUGCCAACAGUUUUCGACAACUACUCUGCCAAUGUCAAGGUGGAUGGAAAACCCAUCAAUUUGGGUUUGUGGGAUACAGCUGGACAAGAGGAUUACGAUAGAUUGAGGCCACUCUCCUAUCCACAAACUGACGUCUUUCUUGUUUGCUUCUCACUUGUGAGCCCUCCUUCUUUUGAAAAUGUCAAAACAAAGUGGUAUCCAGAAAUCAAUCAUCAUGCACCAGAGAAACCGAUUAUUUUGGUAGGAACAAAGCUUGAUUUACGUGAGGAUCCGGAGACCAUCGAGAAGCUCCGUCAAAAGAACAUGGCCCCUAUAUCAUACACCCAAAGUUUACAAAUGGUAAAGGAGAUUAGAGCUGUCAAAUAUUUAGAGUGCUCGGCACUGACACAAAAGGGUCUUAAAAAUGUAUUUGAUGAAGCUAUUCGAGCAGUGCUUUGUCCUGCUCCUCCACCCAAGAAGCCCAAGAAAUGUGUAAUUUUGUGA